GUGUAGUGGAAAACAUGGCGGCGCCCUGUGCGUACACAUUCAGGGCGAGUCGUUUUCAGUCUAUAAAACUGUUCUAACGUCCUCUCUGACUCUGUGGACACUUUAUCUUGAGAGCUGAAGACACAGCUGGAGUCAGGAUGUGGACGAAGACAGCCGGAGCGUCCCUGAGGAUGAUGAGUCACCUUCAUCGCUGCUGUGUCCACACAGUGUGGAGGAGGACGGCUGACGGCAGACAGACUCAGCUGCGGCUCUGCAGGCUGCUCUCAUCAUCCGGACCCCCCUGGAGGGUCCUGUUCUUCGGCUCCGACCAGUUCGCUGUGGAGUCCCUCAAACUACUCUCAUCCAGCAGGAGCUCCAGUGGGGGGGUGGUGGAGUCCCUGGAAGUUGUGACUUUGUCUGGUGACGUCCCAGUGAAGAAGUUCGCUCAGCAUAACCACAUCCCACUCCACAGCUGGCCCCCCGACACUGCUGAGGGACAGUUUGAUGUCGGGGUGGUGGUGUCCUUUGGCUGUUUACUGCCCGAGCGUCUGAUCAACAAGUUCCCACACGGGAUUCUGAAUGUCCACCCCAGCCUGCUGCCUCGGUGGCGAGGUCCAGCACCCAUCUUCCACACCAUCCUGCACGGCGACACAGUGACAGGGGUCACCAUCAUCCAGAUCCGCCCUCACAGGUUUGACGUUGGCCCCAUCCUCCACCAGGAGCUCCAUCAGGUCCCUGAAAACUGCACAGCUGAUGUUCUCGGCGCCGUCCUGGCCACUAAAGGAGCACAUCUGCUGAUUGACACUCUGAGGACGCUGCCCGACAGAGUGGCUCAUAGAAGAGAGCAAACACAGACUGGUGCAACAUUUGCCCCAAAGUUCAAGAGCUCCCUGAGCUGGGUGGUGUGGGAGGAGCAGACCUGUGACCAAAUAGAUCGUCUGUAUCGUGCCAUCGGAUCACGGAUCCCUCUGAAAACUUUAUUUAUGGGCAGGACGAUAAAACUCCUGGAUUUUGUAGGACGAUGUCACAUUUCAUUAUUAGAUGAAAGAAGGAAACCAGUCCCUGGCUCAGUGAGCUAUCAGAGGGAGUCCAAUACUCUGGCUGUCUGUUGUAAGGACGGCUGGGUGGGAUUCAAGGCCGUGCUUCUGAAGAAAAGACUUACAGCAGCCGACUUCUAUAACGGCUACCUGCAUCAGACGGUGCAGAACAACACACCUUAUCAGAGAGGUGAAGACCUGUUUGUCAGCAGGAAACAAGGAACUGAACCUCAGCCGAUGAGAAAGAACUCAACAUCCUGAUACAACAAUCAUCCUCCUCCUUUAUGUGAACGCUGCGUACGUGACAUCUACUAAUUACAUUUACAGUAGUUCAUGUGUUACUCUGUCUGUUUUAAGACAUCAGUAUGUACAGUACAUUUACUGUAUCCAUGUAUUUAUAAUUCUGCCACUGUACUGUUCAUUUAUUUGCAAUAAAUGAAUGUGCUAAUGACUGAAAUGAACUUUUUUUAAAAAUUCAAACUAAGUCAGUGAACAGUGGUUAAUACACCUGCUGCAGAGCAGCGUGUUAAAGGGACAGUUUGGAUCUUGUGAUGUGGGGUUGUAUGAGAUACUUAUCUGUAGUCAGUGUAUUACCUACAGUUUGGAGAAGCAGCAGGAGUGCCGACACAGAGGCUAAGCAAUGUACUGCUGUGAACAGGGGCAGCAGCAAAAUGUAUUCUAGCCAUUCAUUCAUUUUCCAUUUCAUCGUGGUCACACCGGGCGUAAUUAAAACAGUCCACACCAGUGAAUUACAUGUCAAGUCAGUGUAAACAUGCCAUAAGAUGUGUGUGGCGUGAUGGACACUACAUGAAUGAUGGGAAAUAUGCAAAUAAAGUGAGCAGGGUGAUUUCGCAUCAUGCGCUUUUUCGCAAGAGUUGAAAAAUCUGAACUUCACUGACCAAUUUGCUCCGUGACAGCACUGAUAUCCUCUGGGGACGUAUGACGAUGAUCAUUUAGCAAUUCAGGAAUGUCACGUGUGUAUGAAGACAGUCAACACAAAAUAUUUUAGCGUUCAAACUUGCGCGCGUAACGCGACAUGAAAGUUACAAAUGCAGUUAAACUACUCAAUUACAUGUAGUUUAGCACUCCUCAAUGCUUCCUUAUUUAUUGCAUUUAGAUAUAUUUGGGUCUUUUUUUCUCCCUCAAAUUCAAUAACUAAUAUAUUGUUUUAACUGUAAUGUUGUUUAUAAGGUCAUUAUUGAUCCUUUUUUGAUUUCCAAUAAAGUUCAAUGUUUCAACUGUACUUUAUGUUUACGUCAAAACAUUACAUGAAAGUAUUGUAUUUAAUUUUGUAUUUAUUCAUGCACAGAGAAA